AUGGAUGAAGGACCCGUCUUCAACUUGUCACCGGGGGAUCUGGCCGACCACAUUAACGCACUCAUGUGUGACAAUUUGAAGGACUCGUCUUCAACUUGUGCGUCACCGGGGGAUCUGGCCGACCACAUCAAUGCACUGAUGUGCGACAAAUUGAAGGUGCGAAAAGAACGUCAUAUUCGCGUACUCGGAAGAGUUCAA